UGGACGGGACUCGGCCCCUCCGCCCGUGUCCGUGUCCCUGUCCGUGUCCCCGCGGAGCCGGCGCUGGUGCCACCAUGGUGGUGACGCUGGGUUACUGGGACAUCCGGGGGCUGGCCCACGCCAUCCGCCUGCUGCUGGAGUACACGGAGACCCCCUACCAGGAGAGGCGGUACCGGCCCGGCCCAGCCCCUGACUUUGACAUAAGCGAUUGGACCAACGAGAAGGAGAAACUGGGCCUUGACUUCCCCAACCUCCCCUAUCUGAUCGAUGGCCCCACCAAGCUGACGCAGAGCAAUGCCAUCCUGCGCUACAUCGCCCGCAAGCACGGAAUGGUUGGUGAAACAGAGGAGGAGAUCCUCCGUGUGGACAUGCUGGAGAACCAGAUCAUGGAUUUGCGGAUGAGCUUCGCCCAGCUCUGCUACAGCCCCGACUUCGAGAAGCUGAAGGCGGCGUUCCUGGAGCAGCUGCCCGGGAAGCUGCGGGACCUGUCGCGGUUCCUGGGCUCCCGGCUCUGGUUUGCGGGGCAGAAGCUCACCUUCGUGGACUUUGUGGCAUACGACGUUCUGGACCAGUUCCGCAUGUUCGUGCCCCAGUGCCCCGAGCUGGGGGGGAACCUGGGGCAGUUCCUGCAGUGCUUCGAGGCUCUGGAGAAGAUCUCUGCCUACAUGCACUCGGGGCACUUCAUGAAGACCCCCAUUUUCUGGUACAAGGCGAAGUGGAGCAACACCAAGGAGUGAGGGGGGGGGUCGUCCCCUCCUGCACCCCCACUCCCCCCCAUUCCCCUCCCCUCCCCUACAGAAUAAAUCGUGGGGGAGG